UUUUGACUUUGGAGGAGGAAGUAAUUGACGUUGGUUGCUACAAUGAGUGAUAGCACUCAGGGUAAUUGUUUUGUGGCCAUGCCACCAAACACUGCCUCGGAUACUGUCAUCAUUGGGCGUAAUUCGGAGAAUCCCAGCCUGGUGGGUGUGGCCCAAGAGGUGGCCUACUAUGAGCCAGCGGAAUCUUUGGAGGGCAAGCGCCACUAUUUACCCGAUUGCCAAACGCCCUUACGUGUCGUUCUCCAAAAACCCCGUCCCGGUGUCUGGGGUGGCGAUUGCGGCUCCAAUGAACGUAGCGUUAGCAUUGCCAUAACCUGGGCCAAUGAAAUCAAGGGCGAGGUAACCGUCUACGAUGUCAUCCGUUUGGCUUUGGCCUCCUCGGAAACGGCCGAUGAUGCUUUCGAUUGCAUCCUGGAAUUGAUUACCCGUUACGGCGAUGAUGAUGCCAAGUUUAGUUUGAUUGUUGGUGAUCCCACCAAGGUAUGGAUUAUUAGCUGUGCUGGGAAAAAUUGGGCUGGUCAGCAAAUUUUGAAGGGUGUCCAUCAUUUGCCCAACGAUGGUAUGGCUGUCGGCAAGGAUUUCGAGAAAUCGAAUGAGGAUCUUGGUGAAUCGUUGCGCAAGCGGGCCCGCUGGGAUGGUGAGGGUGAAAUCGAUUUUGCUGCCGCAUUUGAUAGCACCCCAACAGCCUCUACGGAAUGGUGUGGCGAUAAACCACCCGACGAUGGUACAUUUACGGUAACGGAUAUGUUUGAAACGUUGAGAUCGGCUGCUAAGGAAGAAUCAUCACGCUCGGCAUCGGUAUUUGUUCUGUCGAAAAAUGGCAUCUCCUCGCAUUGGUUUACGGCUACACCGAAUACUAGUGAAUCUGUGUUUAAACCAUUUGUAUUUGCACCCAAACCGAAAAUAUCGCCAUUAACUAAGGCCCCACCUGAUGGUGGGAACAUUACAUUGCUACACAAAUUGCAUGGACAACGUAAGGUAUCGGCAUUGGAACAUUUGAAGGCAUUGGAAGCGGCAUGUGUUGAAGAGGUUACGGCUUAUUUGAAGGAACAUCCCGUGGUUACUGAGGAAUUGGAUGAGCUGAUGAAAGAUUGUGUUGAGGCUGAGGUGAAAUUUUAUCGUUAGAAUUU